AUGAAAGGAGAACUACACAGCGAAGAGAGAAAAAGCAAGCACGUCCACUAUCGCGCCAGACAUAAGAAACUCGAGCACCUCAAAAAGAGGAUGACAGAGCACGGUUUUAAGGAGAGAAUUAUGGUAGAGGAUCCCCAAAGCCAAGCUUCAGAGCCAAAGUACUGCAGCGUACUUUUGGAUAGCAAAGAGAUCCAUAUCAUUAGAAUGACGCGAAAGAACUACGUUUCUGCACCAAGCGAACUUGAUGACAUAGUUUGCUUUCACGAAAUUACCGCCUCUAGUGACACGACUCAAUCGGCCGACACGGAGCAGUUGCAACUUCUCCGACAAUACCAACAGCAGUCAAUAUCAGACACGCCGGAGAAUCGUCAUGUACUCCCGGAGGAAGGAUACGAAUCCUCUGCCGUUUUCCGUCGAUAUACGAUGCGGGACCAUGAAUGGCCCGGUCGAAGUCAUUCCGAUCAUUGUAUUACACAGACCUACCCACCAUCAGCAAGCUCCUUGUUUGCCGCAGACGUUGAGAAAGAAUUUUGGGGUAUGCACGAGGCGAGUAUUUUUGUUUGGCUUAUCCGAUAA